UUCACUCUAAACACUACACCAAUCCGCUCUCUCUCUGUCUCUCUCUCUCUCUCAUAUCCUGCAACAACCUCUCAAACUUUCUCUCUCUAGCUUUACACCUGAUUUCUAAAGUUUGGUUCGCCAUGGAUUCUGUGUUUCCAAAGCUCAAUCGAGCUCACUUCCUCUUCCUACUGUACAUGAUAGGAAGCUUUUCAUGUAUACAGAGCUCCGAAUCGAAGCCCGCUGCUCUGGUAGAAGAACAGCCCCUGGUGCUCAAGUACCACAACGGCCCCCUCCUCAAAGGCACCUUCUCCAUCAACCUCAUCUGGUAUGGCUACUUCACCCCCGCCCAGCACGCCAUAAUCACCGACUUCAUCCGCUCUCUGUCGUCCCCCUCCGCCUCCCCGUCGGCUGCCUCCUGGUGGCAGACUGUCCAGAAGUACAAAUCCGUUCGCCCGGGCACGACGACCGUUGCUCUCGGCAAACAGCUCCUCCACUCCUCUUACCCUCUCGGUAAAACCCUGACUUCCAAACAAUUGGUUGCUCUGGCUUCCAAGGGCGGACAGAGAAACGCGAUCAGCGUGGUGCUCACGGCCAAGGAUGUCGCGGUGGAGGGCUUCUGCUCCAGCCGCUGUGGGACCCACGGCUCGGCACUGGGUGCCGGCUCCAGGUUUGCCUACAUUUGGGUGGGCAACUCCGAGCUGCAGUGCCCGGGGCAGUGCGCCUGGCCCUUCCACCAGCCCAUGUACGGGCCCCAGACCCCACCCCUCGUGGCCCCCAACGGCGAUGUGGGCGUGGACGGGAUGGUGAUCAAUUUGGCAACGCUCACGGCAGGGACAGUGACAAAUCCAUUUAACAGCGGGUACUUUCAAGGGCCAGCCACCGCACCGCUGGAAGCGGUGUCGGCGUGCACCGGGAUGUUCGGGAAGGGGGCUUACCCUGGGUACCCAGGGGAUUUGUUGGUGGAUAAGGUGACUGGUGCGAGUUAUAACGCUAAUGGAGUUAAUGGCCGCAAGUACCUGUUGCCUGCUAUGUGGGAUCCUCAGACCUCUGCCUGUGCUACUCUGGUUUGAGAAAGAGCUCAAGUGUAAGUAUUGAAUAUUGUAGAGAAGGGGUUGCAGUGAGGUGAUAUUAAAGUGUAAUUAUAAGAUGGUGUAUAAGGUGUACACUUGAUGAUGUACAAAGCACGGUUUUAAAUUUUAAUUGGAGUAUGUAGUUUGGAUUUUGGACAAAAUUCUCAGGACGUGGUACAAAUAAUUGUGGUAACUGGUUUCUUUGUAUACAAUAGAUUUCUUCAA